CUCAGCUGGAGAACGCGGCCAAAGUUCUGAUGGCCCCACCUUCCAUGGUCAGUAAUGAACAACGCCAGCACGCAGAGCACAUACUCCUAUCCUUUAGGAAAUCCAAAUCACCAUUUGCAGUUUGCAGGCAUAUUUUGGUUCUUCAUGCUUUGGAAGUAACAGUUGAAGAGAGGUGAGGAAAGUUUGUGAAAAUUGUGAUCGGUGAUUAGCUGCCACCUGCCUGAGGUGUCUUCUGAGAGGAACUAACCUCUUUGUGGUGCUAGAGCAAGGUCACUGGAUUAAAAACAGAACAGAAACGAGUAAAGUGGACUAUGUCCUUUUUCAAGCUGCCACAGCCAUAAUGGAAGCAGUUGUCCGAGAAUGGGUUCUCUUGGAAAAAGGCAGUAUUGAGUCGCUGAGAACAUUCCUCCUAACCUAUGUCUUGCAAAGGCCUCACCUCCAAAAGUAUGUUCGGGAACAGAUUCUAUUAGCAGUAGCAGUAAUUGUAAAACGAGGAUCAUUAGAUAAGUCAAUUGACUGCAAAAGCAUUUUUCAUGAAGUCAGCCAAUUGAUAAGUAGUGGCAAUCCCACUGUGCAAACUCUGGCCUGUUCUAUUCUAACUGCACUGUUGAGUGAGUUCUCAAGUUCAAGUAAAACUAGCAACAUUGGACUGAGUAUGGAAUUCCAUGGUAACUGCAAACGAGUCUUUCAGGAAGAAGACCUUCGCCAGAUCUUCAUGUUAACGGUUGGAGUUCUGCAGGAGUUCAGCAGGCGGGAGAACCUCAGUGCUCAGAUGUCUUCAGUGUUUCAGCGGUACCUUGCACUAGCCAACCAAGUCCUGAGCUGGAAUUUUCUCCCUCCAAACUUGGGCAGACAUUAUAUAGCUAUGUUCGAAUCCUCACAAAAUGUGCUGUUGAAGCCAACAGAGUCCUGGCGGGAGACUCUUCUGGACAGCAGAGUCAUGGAACUUUUCUUCACAGUACACCGAAAAAUCAGAGAAGAUUCAGAUAUGGCACAGGAUUCUCUGCAGUGCCUUGCCCAGUUAGCUUCUCUACACGGACCCAUCUUUCCCGAUGAAGGAUCCCAGGUUGAUUAUCUAGCACACUUCAUUGAGGGAUUGCUGAACACUAUCAAUGGAAUCGAAAUAGAAGAUUCUGAAGCUGUGGGAAUCUCCAGCAUUAUCAGCAAUCUGAUAACCGUGUUCCCUCGGAAUGUCUUAACUGCCAUCCCCAGCGAACUUUUCUCCUCCUUUGUUAACUGCCUCACACAUCUCACUUGUUCUUUUGGGCGAAGUGCUGCGUUAGAAGAAGUGCUUGAUAAGGAUGACAUGGUAUACAUGGAAGCAUAUGAUAAAUUGCUGGAGUCCUGGCUAACUUUGGUCCAAGAUGACAAGCAUUUCCAUAAAGGUUUUUUUACUCAGCAUGCAGUUCAAGUUUUCAAUUCCUAUAUUCAGUGCCACCUUGCUGCUCCAGAUGGCACAAGGAAUUUGACUGCCAAUGGUGUGGCCUCUCGUGAGGAAGAAGAAAUAAGUGAGCUGCAAGAAGAUGAUCGAGACCAGUUUUCUGAUCAAUUAGCCAGCGUAGGAAUGCUAGGAAGAAUUGCUGCCGAACACUGUAUGCCUCUUCUGACAAGUUUAUUAGAAGAAAGGGUAACAAGACUCCAUGGUCAGUUACAACGACAUCAGCAACAGUUACUGGCUUCCCCUGGAUCGAGCACCAUUGACCACAAAAUGCUUGAUGAUCUCUACGAAGAUAUUCACUGGCUUAUUUUAGUUACAGGCUACCUCUUAGCUGAUGAUACUCAGGGAGAGACUCCGCUAAUACCUCCAGAAAUAAUGGAAUAUUCCAUUAAGCAUUCAUCUGAAGUUGACAUUAAUACAACACUUCAAAUUUUGGGAUCUCCAGGAGAAAAGGCUUCUUCCAUCCCAGGGUACAGCAGAACAGAUUCUGUGAUUAGGCUGUUGUCUGCAGUGCUAAGAGUCUCAGAAGUUGAAUCUCGAGCAAUAAGAGCAGAUCUCACUCACCUACUAAGCCCUCAAAUGGGCAAAGAUAUUGUUUGGUUUCUAAAACGCUGGGCCAAGACUUAUCUCCUGGUAGAUGAAAAACUGUAUGAUCAGAUAAGUUUGCCAUUGAGCACAGCCUUUGGAGCAGAUACAGAGGGUUCCCAGUGGAUUAUUGGCUACCUCUUACAGAAGGUCAUCAGCAAUCUGUCAGUCUGGAGUAGUGAGCAAGACCUUGCAAAUGACACUGUACAGCUCCUUGUCACAUUGGUCGAAAGAAGAGAAAGGGCAAACUUAGUAAUUCAGUGUGAAAACUGGUGGAACCUAGCAAAGCAGUUUGCAAGCCGAAGCCCACCUCUUAAUUUCUUGUCAAGCCCAGUACAGAGGACACUGAUGAAGGCUCUGGUCUUGGGAGGUUUUGCACAUAUGGACACAGAAACAAAGCAGCAGUAUUGGACAGAGGUUCUUCAGCCUCUGCAGCAGCGAUUCCUGAGAGUGAUCAACCAAGAGAACUUCCAGCAGAUGUGUCAGCAGGAGGAAGUCAAGCAGGAGAUCACUGCCACACUGGAGGCCCUGUGUGGCAUAGCUGAGGCCACCCAGAUCGACAAUGUAGCCAUUCUUUUUAAUUUUUUAAUGGACUUCCUUAACAAUUGCAUUGGGUUAAUGGAAGUUUACAAAAAUACUCCAGAAACUGUCAAUCUCAUUAUAGAAGUUUUUGUUGAAGUUGCACAUAAACAGAUAUGCUAUCUUGGAGAGUCCAAAGCUAUGCAUUUAUAUGAAGCCUGCCUUACUUUGUUGCAAGUAUAUUCUAAGAACAAUCUAGGGCGGCAGAGGAUAGAUGUUACAGCGGAAGAAGAGCAGUACCAGGACCUGCUUCUCAUUAUGGAGCUUCUCACUAACCUGCUCUCCAAGGAGUUCAUAGAUUUCAGUGACACAGAUGAAGUGUUUAGAGGACACGAGCCAGGACAAGCAGCAGGCAGAUCUGUGUCAGCAGCCGAUGUUGUUUUAUAUGGAGUGAACCUAAUUCUGCCCUUAAUGUCACAAGAUCUUUUGAAGUUUCCAACCCUUUGUAAUCAAUACUACAAAUUGAUCACAUUUAUUUGUGAGAUUUUUCCUGAAAAAAUACCCCAGCUUCCUGAGGAUCUGUUUAAGAGUCUGAUGUAUUCUCUAGAACUAGGAAUGACCUCAAUGAGUUCAGAAGUAUGCCAGCUCUGCCUUGAGGCCUUAACACCAUUGGCUGAACAAUGUGCUAAAGCACAAGAAACGGAUUCACCACUUUUUCUAGCAACUCGGCACUUCCUUAAGCUGGUUUUUGAUAUGCUGGUAUUGCAGAAGCACAACACAGAGAUGACGACUGCAGCAGGAGAGGCGUUCUACACAUUGGUGUGUUUGCACCAGGCUGAGUAUUCUGAACUAGUUGAGACAUUACUGUCAAGUCAGCAGGACCCAAUCAUUUACCAGAGAUUAGCAGAUGCCUUCAACAAGCUCACUGCAAGCAGCACUCCUCCUACCCUGGACCGGAAGCAGAAGAUGGCCUUCCUAAAGAGUUUAGAAGAAUUUAUGGCAAAUGUUGGUGGUCUCCUUUGUGUGAAAUAAACCACAGAGCUAUAUUCUUAACUUAGAUCCUUUCUGCAAAGUGCACUGAAUUGCUGAAAGUUGACUUGAGUCUUGGCCUAUUCCUCAGUUCAUUUGACCAUUUGGAUUUUGGAGAGCCUGAGACUUCGAUGUGGAAUUUGGUGAAACAGGAGAGGUCAACUUCAAAUCAGCUUCUGUUAUUAGGUGUUAGCCAUGAUCUGCCAUAUACUUGUCUUCUAGAUUCUGAAUGGUGAUUUAAAAUUUCAAAAUGCAAUUCCAUAUAUGUGCAAACAGAUAUGGGCACCAUGAAAUUCCUAUUCAGUGCCUUUUGCCCUUUUAUCAAAGCAUAGGUAACUAGCCAAAGGUGGUAUGUUUUCAGAACUAUUUUUCAAAAUGUCCAUAGAUUCCCCUCAUCUCUUGGGGAACUGGUUGUAGGGGUGGAUUCUUGGGCCCUACUGUGCAUCUUCAGAAUACCUGGUUGUUAGCUCUGGGGUCUCCAUUUUAAUAAGUUCUUCCCCUUUGUUAUCCUAAACAUUUUGAAUCAAUGCAAGAGAUGGUGAAAACUCGUAAGAGAUUUUGUGCUUUCCUACUUUUCCUCCCUUCCGUGAUUAUAAUUAUGCAGGAAGAAAAAUCAUCAGCGAGUGUCUGUUAGUUUCAUUGUCCAUCUUCCCCCUUCCCCACCUUCCUUCCCUUUCGUCCUCAGCGUUGCAGGUCUCGUGUAAUUAUUGCAGGUUUCUAAUCAGACGGUGAUGCCUGAACUUGAGGGAAAUGCGUGUAUAUUUCUGUUUCGUAAAGUUAACUUUAGGAACUGUAGCCAUUUCAUUGCCUUAAUUUUAAGAGGAAAAGACAAACCAGAUUUGUUUUAGAGAGAAAUUAGUCUUGACAUGUAAGAGCUGGCUUAGGGUAUUAGCUGCUAUGACCCUCCUGCCCCUUCGAUUAUGUAUUUAUGUGUGUUUGCCAGUGAAAUGAAACGAGAAACCCCGUGUGGUUACCUCUCUGUUUCUGUCCAACCACACAGCCUGUAUCUACUCUGGAUGGCUUGCUUAAGCAAUAACUUUUUAAUGGAUGUGAAUUACCACUUCACACAGACUAUUGCACAUUGGGGCAUUAGGGGCAAUAAUUAUGCUAAAGUGGGUGUUAUCCUCAAGUCACAGGAGCCACGCUAGUUCAGUUUCAGAGACUAAAAAUUUAUCUUUAGCCAGGCAUAGUCAUGAAUGCCAGGCUAGUCUGGGUUACAAAGUAUGAUCUGUCCUUUAAAAAAAAAAAAAAAAAAAGAGAGUAAGAGAGAGAGAAGAGAGAUUCACUUUAGAUCCUCUGGCUCAAUCAGGAUUUUUAUACUGCUACCGUGCUCCACUUAAUUUUGUGUGCCAGUUUUAAUUAUGAAAAUAAAAGCUCAUUUAUAAACAGCAGUCCUUGGAAACUGCAGGACCAGUCACAGAGUAUAGCGGCAACAAGAUGCUUCUGCCCAGGUGCAUCUGAGACUGCCAUGGAGGGGCAGGCUUCUCUGCUGUUGACGUCUCUGCUAAACCUGAACCGCACGUACCUUAGCAUCUGACGCUCUGGAGACGUUGUAUGGCUCUCUAUAAACAGAGCAUCCCAUUCCUGUGAUGGUAGGUGUGAGUGGACGCAGAGCUGAGGGCCAUAACUCUUUGAGAAUCCUUUCUUCUGUAUUGAUCACCAUUUAGUAACAGUAAGCAUGGAGGAAGAAAAAUCUCUAAGUACUACAAAGAAGGAAAACAAUAGCAUUCUCCACAUGCUCUGUAUUUUAAGUUCUUGGAAAGGAGUGCUUUUCGAUUCUUUUUCUGUUAACUUGAAGUGCUCUACAUCAGUAAUCUCUCUGUUUUGUGUUCUUGAUGUCUGUUUCCUCAGCGGGUGUGGUUUGUGUGUGCUGUGCGAGUUAUAAACAUGGGCCUAAGUUCACGUGGAGAUGGGUAGGGAAGGAUGCAGUAAGAAGGCAUCUGAGUGUAGCUUCUAUACAGACAGAACUAUAUGAAAUUGUCUGGUACUAGUAUGAUACUCCGGGUCUGUUACACCACUUUUAAUUGAAGGUAGAUUUAUUUUAGAUUGGACCAAAUAAUGCUUAAAUGAUCACCAGAACAUUGAUUAAUGGCCAACUGACAGUGAAUGACGCCACCAUAUUUCAGAAAACGGGAAUGCCACUUGUACCACCUAGAUUUUUCAGGGUGUGUGUUUGCAUUUGUUGCUUUAUUGAGUAUUUGUGUAGUUUGGUCUUUUCCUUUGCCCGGCUUUGUUGUUUACAAGUGCUUUAUGAACCUCUGGGUUUUGUUGCUGUUCCACUUCCUGAUGCUCUUCACCCAGUGGGUAUUGAGGCCAUGGAUUUCAUGGUCACGGACUAGUUUUCCUAUUUAAACUGACUGUUAAAUCAUUUGUGCACUUUUAAAAAUACAUGUUAAGAGGACGCUCGCUGUCAGAUAUUUGACUUUUCCUCUUUUGUGUUAAAUUUCAUUUGUUCAUAGCGUGUCCUCUAACCUGUAUUCCCCAUACUAUUGUUCGCCUUGGCUCAUCUUAUGCUUCUUGACCAUUUUUUCCCCAGGGCGCAAUCACUAAGUCAUCAGAGUCCCAGGCAGGGAGGUUGUAUGCUAAUAGUGGUGCUGACGUGACCCCCUCAGCUGUGGGCUUGUGGCCUCUGCAGAGGGUAGUUUGACUGAUGUCUUUGACAGUGUCCUUUCUAACACAGCAGUUGAAUAGUAUUCUAGGGAAGACUGUUAUGUCAAUGUGACUGUAUUGUUUCUGUCUGAUACCAAUGACAAUUUGUGUACAUUCUGUCGAGAUUUCCCCACACUUAAAAACUUCAAAUUGAUUGUAUGGAAAAAUAUCUAAUGAUAAUCAGAUACUCUGUCCCAGUUUUCACUUCAAAACCAAACAGAUCUAUAAUCUUCCCCACUCAGCAUCACUCAGCGCUCUUCCUGCGGUCAAGACUGUGUGGCCACCUGUCUCCUCUCUGUCAAUACUUGUAUGAAGCCCUCAAGUACUGACGGGACGCUAGCUGUCAGUUUCAAGUAUUUCAGGUCAGAGUCUCCUAGGGGAUAGGUAGUGUUGAUUGUACCCUGAAAAUGUUUUUCUUUGUUAUGUAUUUACAUAUAUUUUGUUUGCCGUCUCUGUUAGUAGAGGUGAUUGUCAUGGGCCCUGUCUUGCAAGUGAUCACUACGGGGUCUCAGUACCAAACUCAGCAUUUGAGUCUGAAGGAACUGCAGUGUUGUGCAGAGGUGUCUCUUGUUGUUUUUUUUUUUUUUUUCCUAAGAAUAAGGAACUCAUUUGGAUAUGAGGUUUUUAACAUUAUAAAUUUUCUAUAAAAUUUCCCACAGAAUAACAGAUAAUUUGAGGCUGUAAUAGUAUUUUUAAGUUACUUGAAAAUAUAAGUGGGUUUUUUUCUGGAAACAUUGCAUUUCUUUAAAACUUAACUUUCUGGAAUUAGAAAAAUGUCCAAAUUAGACAUCUUGUUAAAUUCAAGUUGAUUUAAAGGGCCAUGGCUCAAGUUUAACUUCACUUUUCCUUAGGCAUAAGAAUUGUGAAGUGUUCCUGGUUGGUUAUAAGGGGAAACCAUGACUUAUAUAGCCAAAGAGUACAUUUGGUUCAGGUCAAAGUAGAAGAUUAAUAAUGGACUUUGAUUUUGCUAGUUUUGAAGAUGGACGGAGGAGUGUCUCUGUUCUGUAGAUGUGUGGAGGUCUCUGUAAAGACUGUCCUGGUGAUGCCUCCUGGCCAGUGGGAGAUGUAUGACUGGAGUAGGCAGCUCUCUGUACCCCUGUAGCCUGCUCUUCCCCUGUGGGAAGGUUUGGCUUUCUUGUUGUUGUGUCUGCAUUUUUAGGCCUCUUAGCUCUUGGGAGCUGUCAGGUGUGCUCUGGUGGCUAAUUUCCCCAGCCUGAGGUUAUUUACCGUGUCUGCACUAUGUACCUACUGGGGGUGGGGGUGGGGAAUCUGACCUCAAGUGUGCUCUAAACCCAGGUUUCCUGGUGUGGUGUCUACCACGAAAUCAUGACAAAUGGCAAACCCUGGUAUUGUGAUCUUAUUCUCUGUACAAAAAGAAGCUCUAUGCAGUGAGCUGUGGUUUAGUGCCCACAGAAUGUCAGCACUGCUACCAUUCAGCACGUGUAACAUUUUUAAAUUUAUAAAUAUUAAAGUUUUAAACUUACACUAAGACUUUUUAGUUUAUUUUUUUUUAAGAAACCCAGGGAUGAGUAUACUGUCUACAUAUUUACCUCUAUUAAUAUAACUAAUGAAGGCAUUUAAUUUUUGAAAAGAUACUGCAGUAUGAUUUUAGGAAAUAAACCAAGGCUAUAUGUUAAGCCAAUUAUAACCUGAAUAUCAAAUUGAUAAAACUUGAUUUGUAUUUUUUAAAUCCUUCAAUGGGCUUUAAAAUAUGUGUUUUCACUAAAUAUUUUUAUUAUA